AUGUCUUCCUCCUACUGGGAAGGGCCACGAUGGCGGCGGUCGCAGCCCUCUGACGCCUCAAAUCUCUAUGAUACCGAUGCCGGCUUCGAGAACUGGGCGACAAACCCGCGGUCCCGGAGAUCGUACCAGAUCGAGGAUGACGGUUACUACGGCUCGUUUUCGGAGCCGCUUUGGAACUUCCCACGAGAUCGGCGAGGUCAGCCGGCCGACAUGGAGGGCUUCUACGAUGUGGCAGCCUACGAGCCCUCGUGGCAACUCUCCCGUCGCCGCCGCGCCCAGCCGAUCGACAUCGAUUUGUACGAGAACCCGGCGUGGAACUAUCAGUUU